AUGUUCACACAUAUAUUGAGUCUUUGCUCUAAGUUGUGUUAUAAUUGCUCAUACGAUAAACUAUGUGUUCUAUGGGAAAGGAGUGUUCUAGCUACCAAAUUUGCUGUGCAAAUGGGAUUCAGAGAAGAAGAUGUCUCUUCAAAUGUUUCUCGAGCACUGAUAAUGGAUUGGAGAACCAAAAAUUGCCAACCAAACUUCUGGCAGGUUAUAAUUUGUCCGAGUACUUUACCAAUUUCCCAAACUUACAAGAAAGGAGCUGGGCACUAUGUGUACAUAAAUGCUUAG